AUGAUGUUUGCAAUUGACCAAGGUAAACUUGAAGCUCUCCGAUUACAGUUGGUAGAGCGCUGCAGUACAGCACUGGUCCAACAAUUACUAGAUGAAUUACGUCAUAGACGUGUGCUCAGACCAACAGAGGUGGAGCAUAUCAAUGAAAGUAGAAUUGGACGUGCAAACCAAUGCCGAGAACUGAUUGACCUGGUGAUAAAGAAAGGAGAUCACAGCUGUAAUGUACUACUGAAAAUUAUUAUGGAAAAGGAUCAGGCUCUUAGCCAGGAUCUGAGGAUAACAGCCCCUGUAAAACUUCCACUGGAAAAAAAAGAACAAACCAGCCAAGAGCAGAACUAUAAAGGAAAACUUAUAAAACACUGUACCUCGUCUGGGCUGACCUAUCGCUUUAAUAACUCCGGGACAGGACCAUCUCAUGAUCCAAGAUUUACUGCCUGUGUGUUUGUAAAUGAAAAAAAAUGUGGAGAAGGACAUGACAGAACUAAAAGGGCGGCUGAGAACCUUGCAUGCAAAAGGGCUUUUCUCUCUCUGCAAGCGUCUGAUGUAAAUUAUGUUGGACUGUUCAAUGAUUUUUGCCAGAGAAAUAAAUGCUUGGAUUUUAGUUUUGUGGAUAUGCGCAGAGGACCUUCUCACAUGCCAGAAUUUUUCUGCCAUGCAUUAAUUGGUCAAAGGAAAUUUCCAGAAGCGACAGGAAACAACAAGAAAGAAGCAAAGAAGUAUGCUGCUCAAUUGGCAUUAAAAGUGCUAAAGUCGGAAUAUCUUGGGGAUCUUGAGCUCCAAAGGAUCCCUGGACUAGAUGAUUUAUGAAAAAGAAGCAGAAGACUAUAAUUCCACAUCUGAAGGCAAAUCCAUUUCCGUUAGAAGAUUCAUGCUUCAGCUAUUCCAUUGUACUUACAUCUUUAUUAACAUUCUGAUUACUUAGUGUAAUAUGUAAAUAUUCACAUUUGUUGGUUAUUAAAGUCACUUACCAAAUAUCAAAUGUGUUUUUUAAGCAAUAUUGACAUUUUAAUGUGUGAAAAAAUAAAAUUUUACUGAGGCAAAAUAAAAACCCUAAAAUGAAAAAAGUAUUUUUCCCACAUUUAUGCAUUGGUUAUAUAUUAAACUCAGCGCCAGGAGGAAGAGGCGGAUCUGCUUCAUAUGACAUGGGGGUGUCCGCUAGUAAGAAACUUCUGGGAUGGUAUUCAAAAUCAGAUAAGGGGAAGAUUGGGGAUUAGGUUGGCCUUGUCUCCAGAGGUGUUUUUGUUUGGUACGAUUCCCAGGCUGCCCAAGUUUAAGAAGAAGCAUAUUCAAAACUUAUUGAUUUUGGGGAGACUAAUAAUUAUGAGAAUAUGGAUAUCUGUUAAUGCUCCUAGUAUUGCAGAAUGGGGUAUAGAAAUCGAGAGACUAAAAAGAUAAGAGAAAAUAAGGUGGGGAAAAAACGAAAAAUGUAAGAUGGUUUGGAGUAAGAAAUGGGGAGCCUGGAAGUCUGCUCAACAGUAGAGAUGAGCGAACUUACAGUAAAUUCGAUUUGUC